AUGAAAAUUUUAUCUUUUACAUGCUUAAUAUUCUUGAGUUUUACUUAUUAAGUGAAAUAUGAAAAUAAAUGCAGUGAUUGCAGUUAGCUGAAAUCACAAAGAGAUUGCGAAUAAUAAUAAAGUAUAAAUGGAAAUUGUGAGUGGAUAAUUGCUUAAGGAAGUACAGCAGCAAAAUGCUAACUUGUAAAUAAAGUAAACUAAAAAUACACGCCAUAUUGUGAGCUUGUAGAUAAGCCAGAAAUAAACUGUGCUAAAACAUUAGGAUGUGCUUAUGUUGACUCAAAAUGCACACAUUUUACAGGAUGCCAAGCAUAUGUUAAAACUACAACAACAGACUGCUAGGCUAUAUCCAAUUUUUGUGUUAGUGAUGGAAAUGCAUGUAUCGAAACUAAAGUGUGUAAGGCUUACACAUUAUAAUAAUGUGAAUCUACUCCAAGUAUCUCAGGAAUCUUGAAAUGUAAAUGGGAUACAACUGCUGGAAAUUGCAGAGAUUAUACGUGUGUAGAAGCAAAUGCUACCUUAAAUACAGAUGAAAAAUGUUCAAGCUGGUUAGCUGGUUGCGUUACCAAUGGUUAAGGUUGCGUUAAUGCUCCAAAACCUGCAUGUUCUACUUACACAGAAAAAGGUGCUGCUUGUUACUUUUUGAUUGGUUCGGAUGGAUAUUGUGAAUUGGCAGCUGGUAACACUAAAUGCAUAGCUAAAUAAUGUACAAAUGCUCCCAAAUCAUUAUCUACUGAUAAUGACUGUUAGAUCUAUUAAAUAGGAUGUAUCACAACAGGAAAGGGUUGUAUUUUUGCAACAUCAAAACCAUUAUGUUCAACCUAUUUUGGUGAUAACACCACUUGUGUCGGAUAUAUUGGAUCAGAUGGAGUUUGUGAAGGCGACGCAGGAGGUACUAAAUGCAGACUUAGAAAAUGCGAAAUUUGGACAUAUAAUACUGAUGAACUUUGUAAAUAAAACCAAAGUAAUUGUAUUACAAACGGAAAAACAUGCGUUUCAGCAUUAUCAGCUUGUGAUACAUAUAAAGGAACAGCCACUACUUGUGCUGUAUAUAUUGGUACUGAUGGAUAUUGUAAAGGAACUAGUGCAACUAAUGAAGCAUCAUGCUCACCAAAGGUUUGUGAAGAAGCUCCAGAUACAGAUACAACAGAUGAUGCAUGUGCCAAAUAUUAAGUUGGAUGUAUUACUACAGGAUAAGGAUGUGUUACUAAGGCUAAUUUGAAAUCCUGUACUACUUAUGAUGGAGAUACCACAAGUUGCUAAUCUAGAGUAGGAACUGAAGGAAAAUGUACAUGGAAGAGUGGAACCAAAUGUGUUGCUAGAGAUUGUGCUUCUGCCGCUAGUAAUGUAAAUACUAACCCACUUUGUGCCAAUUAUUUCACUAAUUGUGUUACAACAGGAUCUGGAUGUGUUUCAUAAACUACUUGUGAUUUAACUGUCAAAUAAUAAAGUUGUGAAGGUACUAAUAAUUGUUCAUGGUAACCAAUUUGUACUAGUAAUACAUAAUGCAGUGANUUUACAUGCUUAAUAUUCUUGAGUUUUACUUAUUAAGUGAAAUAUGAAAAUAAAUGCAGUGAUUGCAGUUAGCUGAAAUCACAAAGAGAUUGCGAAUAAUAAUAAAGUAUAAAUGGAAAUUGUGAGUGGAUAAUUGCUUAAGGAAGUACAGCAGCAAAAUGCUAACUUGUAAAUAAAGUAAACUAAAAAUACACGCCAUAUUGUGAGCUUGUAGAUAAGCCAGAAAUAAACUGUGCUAAAACAUUAGGAUGUGCUUAUGUUGACUCAAAAUGCACACAUUUUACAGGAUGCCAAGCAUAUGUUAAAACUACAACAACAGACUGCUAGGCUAUAUCCAAUUUUUGUGUUAGUGAUGGAAAUGCAUGUAUCGAAACUAAAGUGUGUAAGGCUUACACAUUAUAAUAAUGUGAAUCUACUCCAAGUAUCUCAGGAAUCUUGAAAUGUAAAUGGGAUACAACUGCUGGAAAUUGCAGAGAUUAUACGUGUGUAGAAGCAAAUGCUACCUUAAAUACAGAUGAAAAAUGUUCAAGCUGGUUAGCUGGUUGCGUUACCAAUGGUUAAGGUUGCGUUAAUGCUCCAAAACCUGCAUGUUCUACUUACACAGAAAAAGGUGCUGCUUGUUACUUUUUGAUUGGUUCGGAUGGAUAUUGUGAAUUGGCAGCUGGUAACACUAAAUGCAUAGCUAAAUAAUGUACAAAUGCUCCCAAAUCAUUAUCUACUGAUAAUGACUGUUAGAUCUAUUAAAUAGGAUGUAUCACAACAGGAAAGGGUUGUAUUUUUGCAACAUCAAAACCAUUAUGUUCAACCUAUUUUGGUGAUAACACCACUUGUGUCGGAUAUAUUGGAUCAGAUGGAGUUUGUGAAGGCGACGCAGGAGGUACUAAAUGCAGACUUAGAAAAUGCGAAAUUUGGACAUAUAAUACUGAUGAACUUUGUAAAUAAAACCAAAGUAAUUGUAUUACAAACGGAAAAACAUGCGUUUCAGCAUUAUCAGCUUGUGAUACAUAUAAAGGAACAGCCACUACUUGUGCUGUAUAUAUUGGUACUGAUGGAUAUUGUAAAGGAACUAGUGCAACUAAUGAAGCAUCAUGCUCACCAAAGGUUUGUGAAGAAGCUCCAGAUACAGAUACAACAGAUGAUGCAUGUGCCAAAUAUUAAGUUGGAUGUAUUACUACAGGAUAAGGAUGUGUUACUAAGGCUAAUUUGAAAUCCUGUACUACUUAUGAUGGAGAUACCACAAGUUGCUAAUCUAGAGUAGGAACUGAAGGAAAAUGUACAUGGAAGAGUGGAACCAAAUGUGUUGCUAGAGAUUGUGCUUCUGCCGCUAGUAAUGUAAAUACUAACCCACUUUGUGCCAAUUAUUUCACUAAUUGUGUUACAACAGGAUCUGGAUGUGUUUCAUAAACUACUUGUGAUUUAACUGUCAAAUAAUAAAGUUGUGAAGGUACUAAUAAUUGUUCAUGGUAACCAAUUUGUACUAGUAAUACAUAAUGCAGUGAUUUUAAGAAAAAAUCAAUUUGUUUAGCAAACUAAGCUAGAAUCAAAACAUAAGAUGGAGUAGAUGAUUAAGGAAAUCCAAAAUACAUUUAUGUAACAGGAAAAUGUGGUUGGUUGAAUAAUGCUUGCAAAGAUUUGGCUUGUUCAGAUUUAACAGGAGCGUAUUACAAUACUGAUGCAAAUUGUGCAGCAGAACUAUCAACCUGUAUUAGUAAUAGAGUUGAUGCUUGCAUAACCAAAUAUGACUGUAGCAAACUUCUUGGAACAUAAUCAACAUGCUUAAGUUGUCCAGGAUAUUGUACUAAUGAAUCAACAGCUACAGAUACAACUCCUUGUGUGUCCAGAAAGUGCGCAGAUAAUACUGAUGCAACAGAUAAUUCUACAUGUGCUACUUUCUUAUCAGGAUGUAUUAGUAAUGGAAAAGGUUGUGUUGAUUACAAUACUCCGUGCACGUCAAUGAAAGGAACUUAAGACACUUGCAUCAAGCUAUUUGCUUAUAAAAGUGGAUCUGCUGAUAACUUUACAACAAAUUAAUGCUACAAUAGUGCAAGUGCCACAGAUGGUGAUUAUUGCUAAGUGAAAACUUGCAAAUCGGCUGAAAACUAGAAUGAGAAUACAUGUGAAUCAUUCUUAGAUGGGUGUGUCUAUAAUGGCAAUGGAGGGUGUGUUGAUCCCUAAGCUGAAGAUACAAUAUGUCAAAGUUACACAGGUGUUGAGGCAUUCUGCGAAUCUGCAAUUAUAAGAAAUAAUAGCAAAAAGUAUUGUUUUGGAACAUCAACAUUAGGAACUUGCAAAACAAGAGAAUGUACAGAUAAUACAACAGCCACAAAAGACGAAGAUUGUGAGGCUUUUAUGUCAGGAUGCAUAGCAAAAUUUGAAGGAGGUUGUAUUGCUAAAUCUGCAAGAUCCUGCUCUUAAUAAAAUGGAAAUGUUGAUACUUGUUCUAAUUUGAGUGGCGGAUUAUUAGUUUCAUCAGAAUGGAUAAAGAUUGGAUGCACAUAAUAUGAUAUCUGCUAAAAUAGAUAAUGCGCAGACUUAGCAAAUCCUUAUUCAGAUUUGGAUUGCACAUCUUAUAAAUCAACUUGUAGAUUCUUUAAAUUAGGAUUUCCGUGCUUAGAUGCAGCUGUAUGUGCUGCUUAUAUAACCCCUGAUACUGCAAUAACUGAUUAAUAAAAGUUUGAUUAUUGUACAACUAUCAAAGAUAGGAAUGGACUAUUUUGUGGUUGGGUCUAAGGAACAACGUGUGCGGUUAGAACUUGUGAUUAAUUCUUGAGCACAUAUUCUACUUCAUUAACAUGUUUUACUUAUUUAUAAAAGGGUAUUUCAAGUGCAACAGCUGAUACAUGUAAAUUAGCAGGAACAUUCUGUUAUUUACCAGAGAGAGAAGCUUGUAAUUAUCCAUUCCCCAUUGGAAUGGAUACAGAUGUUAAAAAAUUAGCACAAUGUUAGAAAUAUGUGAAUUAAUUUGGAGUAGUUUGCUCAUUUAAGCCAGGUGAUGCAACUUGUACUUAUCAAGACGAAUGUGAAAAACUAGUUUCUUAAACAUCUGCUUAAGCCUGUAAUGAUGUUUUAGGUUACUUUAAUGGCAUAUGCUAAAAAGUGAGUAACACAGGUUGCUUAUCAACUGUUGCUAGUUGCGGAAGUUAUAACUUAGAUUCAUCACUAAGUGAUGCUAAUAAAAAGACAGCUUGUGAAUCUUUAAAAGUUGUUAAUGAUGUAGCUAAAUUCGGUUUAGGAACUGCAACAUAUACAGGAUGUACAUGGUCAACUGGUAAUACAUGCACUGCAUUCACUUGUGCUACUAUCUCCUCAGCUACAAGUUAAAAAGAUUGCGACAGCAAAACAGUAGGAUGUUAUUACUAUUCAGGAAAAUGUUAUGCACCAGUUUUCACUUGUCCAUCAAGUUUCCCAGCUGAUUUAGACACAGAUACAAAAAAGGCACUGUAUUGUAAAUCAAUGUUCAAAUUGGCUGACUCAUUUUGUGAAAUAAAACGUGAUGGUACAGGUUGCCAAACUGGAUCAGUUACUGCUUGUGCUUCUGUAGCAAUAGCUGUAUCUUGGACUCUAGCUAAUUUUGAUGGAGCUACUCCAACAACUGAUGCAUUUUGUAUUACACAAUCUAUUAAAGACAAAUCGAGAUAUUGUAUCAAAGAUGACGCAACCAAGUGUAAAGAUGGUGUUUGUGAAAACAUUCCAAACCCAAUUAGUUAAAAUGAUUGUGAUAUACAUUUACUUGGAUGUGUAUUUUUUGCGAGUAAAUGUAGAACACCUUUUGGUGUUGUUUCUGUUGCUGGAGACUGUGCCAAUCUAGCUAAAGUUCCUUUUAGUGAUGUUGCAAGUUUGACAGCUAGUGCUAAAACUGCAUAUUGCUAAAUCUUUUCAAAAGAUGGAGCAAGUGUAUUCUGCACAUACGAUGAAUUUCAUGUAGUACUUUAAACAGCUUGUGUAGCUGCAGAAGCCUGUGAUUCAUAUACAUCAUUGCCCGCUAAUGAUUCAACUAGAUUACCUUAUUGCUUGAGUAAAAUAAAUUCCAGUGGUAAAAAAUGUGGAUUUACAACUGGAGCCACUAGAUGCAGAGAUUUUGAUUGUUAAGAUAUUUAAAGUCCAACUUCUUAAGUUGAUUGUGACCUCUAAGCAAAUGGAUUAAAAUGCGUUUAUUAUAGAGGAACUUGUGUAAAUGAUGAUAAUACUUGUGUAUAGAUCCUAGCAAUUGGAAAAACAUCAAAUGAUAAAAGAUCAUACUGUGCAAAUUUAUCAGUUAUUGAUAUAUGUACUUAUGUUACUGGUGCUAACUGUGUGAAGGAAAAUGCAUGCAAUACAUAUGAUGUGACAGAUGCAACAGAUAAAGUAGCAGCAUGUCGAGCUUUAAAUGAUGGAAUGAAUAGAUGCACCUAUAUUUUUGGAAACAACUGCGUUACUUUGGCUUAAUGUUAUUAGUAUGACGGAACCACUGUAGUAACAUUUGGACCAGCAGCCGGUUCAGAAGAGGAAUAAUGCAAAGCAGUUAAAUCAACUGAAGGUUACCCAUGCAUGAAAGAUACACAUAAAAAAUGCAAAGCCUAGGCUUGUACCGAUAAUGACGGCAGUGCUACAGAUUGUGCUAAUAAUGCCCCAGGCUGUCUCUAUUAUGAAAAUAAAUGCAUUACCAAAGAUAUUUGUGCAGCUUAUACACCAUAAGGUGCUGACGAUGCAGCUAAAUAAACAUGGUGUGAAGGGGUUUUGAACUCAUUUGGCGAAUUAUGUGCUUGGCACUCUGAAAGUAAAAAGUGUAAAGAUAGAAUGUGCAGUGAUAAGUCAUUCUAGACGGACUUUGAUUGUCGAAGCUACCUCAAAUCUUGCAAGACAAAUGGUAAUAUAUGUGUUAACUCGUCAACUGAUUGCAAUUUAAAUAAAGGCUCUUCAGAUUUUUGCAAUUCCUUAUUAGAUGCAACAGGAAAAGAUAGAUGCAGACUAUCUGCUGCUACUAGUAUACAAUAACAAUGUACAAACAAACAAUGCUAUGACAAUGUUACAGCAACAUCUGAUUCUGAAUGUAAUUCUUAUAUGAAUGGAUGUGUUACUCGUGGUAGAGGAUGUAUUCCAAAUACAGAACAAUGCACAUCAUACAGAGGAACUAAAAUGUAAUGUGAAUAAUUCAAAAGAUACACUGGAUUGGAUGCUAAUAAAAAUCCAAUUUAUGAAUAUUGUUCUGGUGAUGCUACUAAUACUGCCAUUGGAAAAUGUAAAGUAAGAACUUGUGCUGAUAACACUAUAGCCACAUCAGAUACAGAUUGUGCUGCUUAUCUGAAAGGAUGUAUCACAAAGGGUACUGGAUGUAUUGAUGCAACAUCAUCGUGCACUGGAUUUAAAGGAGAUUAAGCUACUUGUGCUAAAUUCAUGGGAAGUUCAGGAAAAGAUUAUUGCUGGAACACCUCAGCUGCAUUGGCUACAGCUACUUGUGCCAAGAAGAAGUGCAGUGAUAUAGCUGGUAAAAACAAUAAGGAUUGUAAUGAUGGCAUGCCACCAUUCAAGACUACAGAUGAUCCUUUCUGUGUCUUCGAUGAAACUGGUUGUAUUGAUUAUGGAAAGAAUUGCAGUACCUUCAAUGGAACUGAAGAAACAUGCCCAACAUAUUUGGCUAAAGAUGGACCAUGCAAAGCUACUACAGUUGGAACAAUCAAAGGAGCAUGUGCUAAGAGAGUAUGCACAGAAGCACCAAAUACACUUGCAACAGAUGCUGACUGUUAGAAAUAUCACAAAGAUUGUUAUACAACUGGUUAAGGAUGUGCAACUAAUAAUUUAUGCAGUAAUAUAAUUAAUAAAUAAUAAUGUUAAGUAAAACCUGAAUGUUCAUGGGUUAAAUAUUGCACUGCUUAAAUAAUAAAAUGUGAAUCUUUGAAUUCUACUAGUUACUCAUAAUGUGCUAAUUCGAAAGUAAAUGGUAAGUUCUGUCAUUGGAAUGAACAAGAUUCAACUUGUAGAUCUCAAACUUGUGAAGAUUAACCAGCUACUUAUGAUUCUCACGCUCAAUGUUAACAUUUUGCAGAUAAUUGUACGACAACAGGAGCUGGUUGUAUAACUAUUUCCACAUGCACUGCAUAUAUUAAGAGAUCUAUUUGUAAUGCUGCCUCGUACAGUAAAGAUGGUUUAAAAAGAUGCAUCUGGGAUAGCAUACUAAAAUCAUGUAGAAGUCAAGAGUGUAGUGAUAUAUCUGCAUAAAUUAAUGCUGAUUGUGAUGCAUUCGGGGAAGGUUGUAAAUUAAAUGGAUAAAGAUGUGUCCUUGGACUUUCAUGCACUGAAUUCACGAAUUAAUUGUUUUGUAUUUCUUCCAAAAAUGGACCUUGUCUUUGGAUCUAUGAUUAAUGUUACGAUUAUAAAAGAUGUGAAGAUGCAGGUAAAAAGACACAUUUUGAGUGUUAAGCAUUUUCACAAAAAUGCACAACCAAUGGAGACACAUGUAUUCCAAUUACCAAUUGUGCCAGCACAACAUUGAAGGCAUCAUGCGUCGUCGGAACUGAUGGAGCUUGCGGAUGGUUACCAACUGGAAAAUGCUAAAAGUUCGGAUAAUGCACAGAUGCCGUUGCUGCCACCAACGAUGAAUGUCUCUCAUAUGGACCAACCUGUAUUACUGAUGGAACUGCUUGCAUUGCAAAAGCAGCUUGUGCUACUUAUAAAACAUAAACGGCUUGCAAUAAUCUUGGAACUGAUGGUAUCUGCUAUUGGAAUGCCACUGCUAAUACUUGUAAAUUGAAGGAAUGUGGAGAUGAAUAAAAGGGUACAAACGACUAAUGCAAACUUAUCUCAGUAACGGGAGGAUCUUGCACAACGGAUGGAACCAAAUGUAUCCCAUUGGCUGUUUGCUCAAGCUAUGUUGAAGCUGGUUGUUUCUAUGGAACUAAUGGAGAAUGUAUUUUUGCAAUACCAAUUGGAGCUACUACAGGGAGAAAGACUUGCAGAUAAAAGCAAUGUGAAGAUAUCACCGCAGGAACAUCAAAUGAUAAUUGUAUGGGUGUUAUUACAGGAAAGGCUUGUGUUUCCAAUGGAUCAAGUUGCAUUGCCAAGGCUGCCUGCUCAACCUAUAAGACCAUCACAUCUUGUAACGGAGGUGGUUUGGAAAAUAAUAAAUCAACUGUUUGUGCUUUCACUCCUACUGGAACUGAUAAAGUCAAUGGAACAUGCAAGACCUUUACAGCAUGUGCUGAUGCUGUGAAGGAUAAAUUUGCUUGCGCAAAAAAUCCAUCAUGCCUUUGGAUUGAAGAUUCAACAGGAGCAUCUUGUAUUAAUCAUACAUGUGAGACCUAUGCCACAGAGGCUGGGUGUCUUAAUAUUCCAACCUUUGAUGGCAAUUCAUAAACGGUGUGUUUUUUGUAAAAUGGAAAAUGUGUUUCUAGUGAUCCCAUUGAAAUUACCGACCCAAGAAUAUGUUACUCUAAAUCAUAUUACACACAUACUUGGAAUAUAUUAACCAGUAAAUGUGAAAGUUGUAUCUAAAUCAAGAACCCUAAUACAUCUUAAACGACCGAUUCUGUAAAUUUCAUUUUUUUCUUAUCGCUCUGUCUAUGGGUGGUAUUAGUGUUAAUUUGA